UUUAUCGUCUGUAUCUGUGUUUGUGCGUGCGUGCGGUUCGACGGUAGGCAAACGAACGACCGGAGGACUCGAGUUUACCGACACAAUUAAAAUAAAAUUAAUUCCUAGAAUAAUAAAUAUUAUACAGUUCCCGACUGCGAAAAAUGCACCUAGCAUUGAUUUUUGUUUCAUAAUAUUGCCCAAAGCCUGACGUCCUGUAAACAGGAAAAAUGAGUAAUUGGGCUAGAAGGAUGCAUCGACGAGCUGCUACAUUGAGCAAUGUGGUUACGUCUUGUGGGCAUCCCAACACUUUGCCAUAUCCGAGGAGACUAGAGAAAGUCAAGUUCGGUGUUCCGCUACAUGAAGUUUGCAAGGAUGAUAUCCCCGGACCCUUGCUUGUGCUGAUACUGAAGCUGAACAAAGAAGCCCCGCUGCGUCGGGACGUGUUUCGCGCACCUGGUCACCAGGGUGCCAUGAAGAAGCUUAUACAUUUCCUUCAAACAGGUCGUUUGGUCAAUGUGGAUAAUUAUUCAGUAUAUACUAUUGCCAGUGUGCUCAAGAAAUUCCUCAGAAAAAUCCCGGGUGGCGUGUUUGGACGAGAUGGAGAGAUGCAUCUGUUUACAGCUGUGGAGCUACCAGAGGAGCAGCAAGUUGAUGAGAUACGCAGACUGCUCCUAUCGUUGCCGGUGUGCACGCAGAGACUGUUGGUGCUGCUCUUCGGCACGUUUCGGGUGAUGGCAUCCAACGCUGAUAAAGCAGGUACAGGUAUGACAUCCGAAGCCUUGGGCGUGUCGGUGGCCCCAUCAUUUUUCCACUCUUGCGUGUCGGACGGCAAAACAGCCACAAUGGAGGACGUUCAGAGAUUCAAGGUGGCAACAAGAAUCAUGCGUCAGCUGAUCGAGCAGUUCAGUGCGGGCGAUCUGUUCGGCCGGGAUAACUACGAGUACUACGCCCGGGUAACCGGCCGCAUUCUCCGGGUGAAGGACGAGUGGAUAUGUUCCUUUAGAGACCCACCGCCGCCCCGGCAUCAUCGCGACCAGGAAGCUUAUGCUAGACAAUUGUCUUUGGAGGCUGAAAAGACAUGGCUGCAAUGCGAAUGCGAUCGCUGGGGCAACAAAUUUAAUUUAGAAGAGUGGUCAGUUGAUUGCAUCGCAGGGUUGUCGAAAUCCGAAGAGUGCCAGUCGAUGCCGGCGCUGGCGGGAGGUGGGGGUGCGGGUGCGGCGGGCGGAGUCCUCGGUAUCAUCCCUGAGCAUAGCCUGCUUGAUUCUUGCACACGACUCUCCAUAUCUCUCGAAGAAAGCGUCUUCAAAGUAUCAGUGAGUUCGUCAUCUCAAUCAUCGCGCAGCAACUCGAGCCCUCACAUGACCCUCGAGGAGUUACGAGCCAUCAACAAAUACGCAGAGAGCACCAAAAGUCUCUCUUACCUACCCCAGGUGCACGAGCGGCAGCGGGCGCGCAUGCGCACCCGCUCGGAGUGGUUCCUGCAGCCCGCCGCCUCGCUGGACGCGGCCCGCGCGCGCGCCGGUACGCAGUCCGCCCCGCCGGGGCCCCAGCCCGCGGGCCCCGCCCUCGCGCCGGGCCCCGCGCCUGCGUGUCGCCACGCGCCCUGCGGGGAGGCUCGCUCGGAGAGCACGGCUCUCUACGUGCUUGUCGCCUGCCUAGAAUUUUUAUUUUGAACCUCGCGCACCGGUACUGUGAAACUGUGUUCGUUCGCUUCGGUGCGGAGAGGACUAACCUGCCGCGGAGGCUUUGCUCGGGCUCGAUGUCACUGUAGCGUCGCUAGUUGUCUGUCGCAUUUCGAUUCGCGGCAUCAGGCUGUACAUAUAUUAUGGAUGUGGUCGGUAAAUGUUAAAGAAAUGCUCGUUAAACGUCUGAUCGUAGACUUAUUGAAGUUGGCUAUGUCAUUUGAGAUGCUAAAAAUGACGGAGAUGAUGUAGGAUAGCUAGCAACGUUGGCGCAGGUGCGGGAGUGGCACCGACGGAAGCAAAGCCUCCGGCUUGUACUGACAGGGCGCUAGAUCGCUUUGUGCGGGCUUACGCUUUGGGCGCAUCGCAUGUGUCACCGCACUGAUGUCGUACAUUGUCGCACGUCAUCACUGCAUCGCAUGAUCUGCUCUAUGUGCUCUGUACCCUUCUUAUUGUCUCUUCUUACUACACAUCAUACAGAUAUUUAUGGUCACAUACACGUUAUGUCCAGACAACAGUAGAUACAGCUUCAAUUGUACAUAGUCUUGUAUUGUAUUACAUUUAUCUUGUACAUGUAUUAUAUAUUAUAAAUAGUCGUGCUGUUUGUUAUGGAGAACCUUGAUGUUUAAAACGGUAGUUGUAAUAAUAAAAGACGAAUAUAGAUGGUUCAGGCAGCUUUGCCAGCAGAUGGUGCAUCAUCGAGAAUGUCAUUAAGCGCAUGUGUAUAGCCUAUGUAUGUUUGUGACGAUCACCCACGAACCAUACGUACGUAUUUGAUUGCCACAGAGAACAAUGCCAAGUUUGUCACACGUCCAUCGUACAUUAUAUAUACCAUGCAGUGAAUGCAGUACUGUGAUACAUUUACUUUAUGUUGUGAUGUGCAAAUACCAUAGUCACUUGUCAACGCUUCUUAUACAACAAGAAAGCAACGUCUAUUUAUAAUUAUUAUUGUUAUUAUAACAUACAUGGGGUGUUUAAUGGUUUUUUGUUUUAGUAUUUGAGUAAUAUUUUUCAUAAAAAAUUGUCGAAAUAAGUCUUUGCUUUCUAUUAAAUUGUGUUUUCAAAUUUUGAUACUUAUUUUGGUUUUGGACACAAUUUUCUUUCAUUACAUGUAUAAGACAAAAUUUGGAAACAUUUUAACAGUUUUUUUUUCAUUUGCUAUUUGUAUUAGAAUUAGAAACUUUAAUGUUUUAAAGACAUGCGUGCUUCCGUUGUCUAUGAACGCUCUCUGGCUCACGACGCGAAAAGUCGGUUAUACAAAGUGUAAGAGAUUACAACACGGAUCUUGCUGGUACCGAUACUGAAACUUUAACACUUU